AUGAAAAUGGGUGAGUGGGUUUGGUCAACAUAGAGAAUGUAUCUCCUACCCUCGGACAGGGUUAAAUAGCAAAGUUGGCAUGUGCGUGCAAGCCCUUCUUCCGAACAAGAUGGCUCGGCGGCUCUCUCUCUCUGAGGAUUCCCGCUCGAAGGAUUCGACUUCCUGCCAUGGCGCGGCCAAAGACCCUUUGGACCGAUCCCGAUCCCUGCUACUGA